AUGUCUUCACAGUCUCCCACAAAGGAUCUCGAGACCCAGGCCACCGUUAAACCUCAGUCUCACGAUGUGGAAGAAGGCACCACCCAUCCGGAGGGUCUUCUCAAGCGUGACCUUCGCACGCGGCACAUGCAGAUGAUUGCCAUCGGCGGUGCAAUCGGUGCUGGUCUCUUUGUCGGUUCUGGUGGUGCUCUCCACAAAGGCGGUCCUGCGUCUCUGGUCAUUGAUCUCAUUAUCGGUAUCAUGUUGCUGAUCACCAAUAUGGCACUGGCGGAAAUGGCCGUCCUGUAUCCUGUCAAUGGUGCCUUCUACACUUACAUUGUCCGCUUUGUUGAUCAAUCUUGGGGCUUCGCCUGCGGUUGGGAGUACGCACUGUCCUGGCUCACUGUCCUUCCCUUUGAGCUGAUCGCCGCGUCAAAAACGAUUGAGUUUUGGCGCACCGAUAUCCACAUGGCCGUGUGGGUCACUGUCUUCCUUGUCGCUCUCACCAUUGUCCAAAUCUUUGGUGUCCGUGGCUAUGGCGAAGUCGAGUUUGUUCUUUCCUUUAUCAAAAUCUGCGCUUGCCUGGGUUUCAUCAUCCUCGGUAUUGUCAUCAACUGCGGUGGAGUCGGCGAUCAGGGCUACCUUGGCACAAAGUACUGGUACGACCCUGGUGCCUUUACUAAUUUCAAAGGGUUCUGCGCCGUCUUCGUCGUUGCGGGCGAGUUUUCCCGUCCUUCUAUUCCCACUGCUUCGAAGCAGGUCUUCUGGCGUAUCGCCCUUUUUUACGUGAUCAACCUCUUCAUCGUCGGUAUCAUUAUCCGACGUGAUGAUGAGCGUCUUCUAGGCGCCUCUGGUGCUAAUACAAAGGCUUCUCCUUUUGUCUUGGCUAUUCAGGAUGCCAGCAUCAACGUCCUUCCGUCCAUCUUCAACGCAGUUAUCACUAUCUCCGUCUUGUCUGUUGCCAACUCGUGCACUUUCGGUUCAACUCGGACGAUGCAGGCCAUGGCGAUUCGCGGCCAUGCCCCGAAAUUCCUGAACUAUAUUGACAGCAAGGGCCGCCCUCUCUGGUGCGUGGUGAUCCAACUUGCUUUUGGUCUCUUGGCCUAUGUCGGCGAGUCUCCAAAAGGCGGUCAAAUCUUUGACUGGCUUCUCGCCCUUUCUGGUCUUGCAUUCCUUUUCGUGUGGGGUAGCAUUUGCCUUGCCCACGCCCGUAUGCGUGCUGGUUUCAAGGCCCAGGGCAUCAAUUUGCGUCUUGUCCCGUACAAGUCUCCGUUUGGUGUUGUAGGCAGUUACAUCGGCCUUGGUCUGAACGUUCUUGCUCUUAUCGCCACUUUCUACUCCGCCCUUUUUGCUUCUGAUGGCUCCGAACCAACAGCUGAAACCUUCUUCAUGUCCUUCCUCGCCGGCCCCGUCAUUCUCGUCCUGUACCUUGGUUGGAAGCUUUACUCUCGUGACUGGAAAUUGUAUGUCAGGGCCACUGAAAUGGAUCUUCAAACCGGAAUCGUUUUGCUUGACGAGGAGGAGCUUGAGGAGGAAAAGACGUGGGCUUCUCUACCUAAGCGCGUUGAGCUUUCGGCCAGCCAGCAGAGCGCUUCCCGGACCGUCCUCUCGCUCAGCUCCUCAAGCCUGCUCCUGACGGCCAUUUUUGACUCGUGCCACUCGGCUACUGCCAUGGAUCUGCCAUACGUCUACUCCACCAAGGGCGUCCUCAAGGAGCCCAACCUGGCCAAAGAGGCUGGCCAGGGUCUGCUGGGUGCUCUGGGGUCCUAUACGCGCGGCGACCUUGGUGGCGUGGCGAGCUCAAUCUUCAAUUUCGCACAGACGGCAUACAAGGGCGACGAUGCCUACAACAUGACCAUCCAGACGCGCACGUCGCCGGCCGAUGUCGUUAUGUGGUCGGGCAGCAAGGACGAUCAAACUUCGGCCGAUGCUACCAUUGCCCAACAGGCUACGGGCGCCAUGUCGUGGGCGUUUAUCACAGCGCUCAAGCAGAACCCCAAGCAGAGCUAUGUCGAACUCCUCAACAGCAUCCGCGACCUCCUGUCAACAAAAUACACGCAAAAGCCGCAGCUGUCGUGCAGUCAUCCUCUGGAUACGAACCUGAUGUUUGUGAUGUAG